UCCAAACGAAGCUCAGAUUCUAUCUUUCAAUGUCGUCGUCGUUUCGUCCAAAAAAAAAACAAAAAAUUUCGUCGUCGUUUUCUUCUUCUUCUUCCGAAGCGAAAUGGCCGUUCGACGUCUUCCUCAGCUUCAGAGGGGAGGACGUCCGCCACGGCUUCGUCGAUGACCUCCACAAGUGUCUGCUUCAUCGAGGCAUCAACGCUUACAUCGACGGCGAGGACUUGAGGCCCGCAAACCAGAUCUCGCCAGCGCUGACGAAGGCCAUCGAGGAGUCGCGGAUCGCCGUGCUCGUCUUCUCCAAGAACUACGCUUCGUCUCGGUGGUGCUUGGACGAGCUGGUGAAGGUAAUGGAGUGUAAGAGGCUUAAGGGGCAGCUGGUGUUGCCCGUGUUCUACGGAGUGGAGCCGAGGGAGGUUCGAGGGCAGAGAGAGAGUUUUGGCAAGGCAUUGGCCAGGCACGAGGAGAAACUGGGGAAGGAUUCUGAGAGGGUGGUGAAAUGGAGGCAAGCCCUAAUCGAAGCGGCCAAUUUGUCCGGUUGGCAUUAUGACCAUGGAGAUGGUACCAAGUUCACUGAGAGCAUCGUCAAAGAGAUCUCGAAUAUAGCAGCACGAGCACCUUUGAGUGUUGCCAAGUAUCCCGUCGGUGUAGGUUGCCGGGUAGAAAAAGUAAUGUCGUUGUUGAAUAUGGGCUCGGAUGAUACUCGGAUCAUAGGAAUAUGGGGAACUGGAGGUGUAGGGAAGACCACUAUCGCUAAUGAUGUCUAUAACAUAAUUUAUAGUCAGUUUGAUGGGUGCUGCUUUCUUGCAAAUGUUAGAGAAACUUCCGGUAGACCUGAUGGCCUAGUUCAUUUGCAAGAAAAACUGUUACGCGAAGUAUUAUGGAAAGAAAGUAUAACGGUCUUGAAUGUGUAUGGAGGCGCUAAUCUGAUACGAGAUAGACUUUGCUGCAGAAAGAUUCUGCUUGUGCUAGAUGACGUGGAUCAUGAGAACCAGUUAAAUGCAUUAGCUGGAGAAUGUGCAUGGUUUGGAAAAGGGAGCAGGAUCAUCAUUACGACAAGAGAUAAACAAGUACUAACUUCUUGUCCGAAAGAUUGGGUAUAUGAAGUUGAACCAUUAGAUCCAGGUGAAGCUUUUAAACUUCUGAGUGCAUUUGCUUUUUCAGGAAACCAGACGAAAGACAUAAGUACAUAUCCUAUACAUGAUAUUUUGGACUAUGCUAAUGGCCUUCCCUUAGCGAUUGUGGUCUUGGGUGGCCUUUUAUGUGGUAGAAGCAGAGGGGAAUGGGAGAGAAAAUUGGAACAACUUGCUGAAAGUCCUCUUAAAGAUAUAAACAAAGUCCUCAAGAUAAGUUUUGAUGCGCUGGACGACAAUCAGAAGGACAUUUUUCUUGACAUUGCUUGCUUCUUUAAGGGGAAAGAAAUGGAUUAUGUAACCAGAGUUCUUAAUAGCUGUGAUUUUGACACAUUAAUUGGGAUUCGGAUUCUAAUAGAGAGAUCCUUAGUAACAAUCGAGUAUGACAGCAUAGUACAAAUGCAUGACUUGAUUCAACUGAUGGGUCAGGAUGUCGUUAAAAAUGAGUGGCUAGAUGAUCCUGGGAAACGGAGUAGAUUAUGGUGCUAUGAUGAUGUUUUUGAAGUAUUGUCGGAGGAUACGGUGAGAGCUUCUUAUGAACCUAUUGAUAAUCUUAUCUUCUUUAAUUUACAUGUUAUAACUUAAUUGGGUUGGGUAAUAAUGGUCAUUAUCUUUUCCUUGAUAGGGAACCAAUGCUAUUAAAGGCAUAGUCCUAAUAAAAUGAUUAACAGUGUGUUAAAGGUAAGUUAUGAUGGAUAGGAGGACUAUGCAAAGGAGAUCUUUCUAGACAUUGCUUGUUUCUUCAAGGGGAGGAGUACAUAGUACAUUAAGAAAGUUCUAGAUAGUUGUAAUUUUGACAUGACUAUUGGAUUACAGAUUCUCAUUAAUCGUUGCUUGAUUAGUGAAGAGUAUAGGACCUUAGAAAUGCAUGACUUAGUGCAAUUAAUGGGUUUAUAUAUUGUUAAAGAAGAAUGUUGUGAUGAUCUCGGAAAAUGCAGUAGGGUAUGGCUUUAUGAAGAUGUUCUUGAUGUUCUAUAUGGAGAUAUGGUAAGACUUGUUAUUGUAUAAUUAUUCACGGUCUAUUCUUAUUGAGUUUUUGUUAUAAAUUAACCUAAAUAUUUUCAAAAAAUAUACAGGGAACAAAUGCAACAAAAGCCAUAGUCUUGCAGCUACCAAAAACCAACCGCAUGUAUAUUGGUCCUGAUGCUUUCACAUACAUGAGAAGGUUGAGGAUGCUCAUCUUGAUUAAUGUUUAUAAUUCCUUUCAAGGUUCCAUUCAUCUCCCUAAUGAGUUAAGGUGGUUCGAAUGGCCUAAUUGUGGUUCGCCUCUAGAAUUUAGAUCUGGUCCAAAGAAAUUAGUCGGACUCGAUGUGCGGAAUAGCAAGAUCAAGGUAAUGCCUGACCAAUUCAAGGUACGCAUUUACUUGGUGCUUUUUCAUUACUUGUAGCUAUAU